AUGACUGAAUUUACAUGCAAUACUUGUGAAAAGCAAUUCAAACUUAAAAGAACUUUAGAAGCACAUUAAAUGAUACAUACAGGAGAGAAACCUUAUGAAUGGUAUAAAAUAACUUAUUUAUAUAUGGAAAAGUGUUUAAUGUUAACAACGUUUUAGAUAAUAUUCAUCUUUAUAGAAGCAUCAAAGAACACAUUCUGGAGCUAAACCUUAUGAGUGUGAGGAAUGUAAAUAAGCCUUCUCUUAAGUAUAAUGUUCUAUAUUAUUAGAUCUCUAAUUUAAAGAGACAUCAAAGAAAACAUUCAAAUGAAAAACCUUACAAAUGUGAAGAAUGUGGUAAACAAUUCAUUACUAGUCAAAAUUAUUAAUAACAUAAUUCAAAACAUUAAUAGGAUAGAAAAUAAUAUAAAUGUGAAAAUGGUUGUGGCAAAACAUACUUUUAUAUAUGUAGUCUAAAAAAACAUGAAAAAGAAAUGCAUCAAAAGAAAGAUAAACCUAUAUUCACUAGUGAAUCAUAUAAUCAAUAAAUUAAGAAUCUCAAAGAUUUCUUUACUUGUAAUCAUCCUCAAAUAAUUCAUAAAAAUCAUGUAGAUGUACUCUUUAAUGGAUGUUUGUAUUAUUACAAUGAAGGUAAUUUAAAUAUGAUAAUUAGAAAAUUAAAAAAUUGAAUAUCAUGAACUUGUUGAUACUACAAAAUUAGAAUGUGAUCCUGUUAAAGAUCAUUAACAUUUUAAAAAGGAUCAUUAAUUUGCAUAAAUAGAUUGUUCAUAAUGUCCACAAGAAGUGAAUUGUUGUUUAGCAACAAAUUAAGGAAAUGUAUAAGAAUCAGAAUAUCCACAAUCCUACGUUUUGCAUUAUCAUGGACCAAAUUGUGGACAUCCUAUAGUCUUACACAAUGGCCAUGUCGAUUAUCUAGUCAAUGAAGUGCUUCAUUAUCCUCAUGAUGGACAUUGUGAUAACCAUGGAAUUCUGAAUAGAAUCACAGUAUAAUGAG